GAUCAUGGUCAUUUUUGUGUAAGGGGGAAGAAGACGACGAAGGUAUACCUUGGAACCGGCGCGCGGUCGACGAACAUCGAAGUGUCUCACAGUCACAAGAUGCUUUCUUCAGCGAUGGCACCAGUCUCUGUGCUUCAGGAUGUUUUUCUAUUUGCCGUAUUAAUUUCCUCUACUGUGACGGCGUACCCUCCAUCAUCUCGCCACGUCACGCAGCCACAUCAGAGGAAAGCUCUUGUUCAAGGGUAUGCGCAGCCUCUUAAUUCAGGCUCCUGGCCAUCGCUUACUACCAGAACCAUAAGGCUCAUGAGCGCCAAACAAGGUGCCUGGCUACCCUGGUUCUUUACUACCCGGAUACACGACGACGUACAUGGCGGCAUUAUUUAUAACAAGCUUGACAGAAAGAAGCCACCGGUUCGAACGGAAACAGGUCGAUCUCCAUCGGCACCUAUCAGGCACGAGCCUUGUGACACUGAUGUGGAUUGCCGACGGUCACGGACGCGGAUCUGCGUCAAACGUGCAUACGAACUGCAUGGCCGAUGUCAGUGCCCUUUUUACAGACCCGUUGAGGUUACCAUUGGAGAUAGGACACGUUGUAUUACGGCCAAAGACAUAUUUGAUGAGUGCCGGGCGACAGAGGAGUGCACGGCAAGCAACCAGAACCUCCAGUGCAUCAACCGGUUGUGCGUCUGUUCGUCUCCUUACGUGCUGCGAGGAAGCAACGAAUGCGUUUUAGGGAAUGUCUGGGAUACGAAGCGGGUUCGUUCCGUACUGGAAGCAGGAUCAGUCAUCCUGGUUAUAGCUGUGGUAACCGGCGCCAUAUGUCUAGUGACCAGAAAAUUUAAGAAGAGAAAUCAGAACAGCGAAAGCCUGGAAUGUAGCACCCUACAGGGAACAAGCGGCAUAGUACCCAAUGAAGACCUACGUCCAUAUCCCCGAGCUCCCCAAGUACCUACCCAAAAAAACAACCUAAUCAAGAAAAUCCCGCGGUUGCCUAAUGCGUACGAUGGUUUGAGGCGCUUGUAUCGUCGAUCCCUUUCCUUUUCCGCGCGAUCCAGUGGCAUCACUGGCGAUCCUGGGGAUACAUCGCAGCAUCCAAAGUCUCCGAAAAAGUUGUGGCUUAAAGGUGGCAUUAGCUCAAUGGCCAACAAGCUGUAUCAAAAUAAACUCGUGAAUCGCUUGAGAAGGCGAAGCCAACAAGACGAAACGGACCUUCCGUCGCUGCCUCAAUCCACCCUUGAAGAGCGCACCAUGCAGCAAGUCUUGCCGCAGCAAACAGUGCGUGAACAAAACUGGCCUCCGCCGGGCAUGUCCCAACAGCAAAUACCGAACCAAUACUUCUACGCUAUGCAAGCACAAAGUAUACCACAAGCUAAUCCAAUGAACAUGCCGCACAUUAUGCCACGCACAGUGCCGCAGCAAUACCCUGCACGGAGUGGUGAGUUCCCUGCAUAUUCUCACUACGGCGAAGGAGCGGGCAUGCAAAUGCCACAACUGCAGAGAAGCGGUCAAAGUGCUCCGUUUACGCGAACAGAAAAUAUUCCAUCGUUCAACGUAGGCAAGUUUUCACACGAAGAAUACCAACGCCCCAUGGAAGGAGGAGCAGGACUUCGCCAGCAUGUCUAUUCAACAAAGUACAACGAAGUCGAUGAGAUGGACUCUGGCGUUGAUGGGAUCGGGCGACUUAUGAGAAGUUGAAACCUCACUAAUCUGUUUGGGUUUCGCUGACGAAGAGCACAUGCGAAUUCCCGUGUGUCGGCAUUUUUCUUAGGUGAAAUGGUACCGCGUCCUGAAUAAAAGCUGGUAUACGGUGUC